CACACCCUCUCCAUUCAGUUGGGGAGGGGACACACACAUACACACUCACACACUGACUGGCAGAGCUUGCUGCAAACCCAGCCUCGCUCUGACAGAUAGCAGCAGCAGCUUCCACAGCCCCAAUCCCGGGAGGAGAUAAAGGGAUCAGACUGCUGAGCUUUCCGCUGCAGCACUCGCCGACUGGCCUCCUGCCGGCCCCAGUCACUGUCCAUCCUGCCUGCAGUGAGCCCGCUCCUCUCUCACCAUCAGGAGUCCGGAGGAGAGGGGAGAUGCCUCUUGUGGUCUGCCGCUGGUAGGAGCCUUCCUUUGGGGAGCAUUGUUUUGGCAACUCAAGGUGCAUGUUUGGCUGCCAGUGCACCCAACACAAGGGGACUAUGAAAAUGAUCCGAAUGAGGACUGCCAGUAUGAAAUCUUUAAAUCUGGAGAUGAAAUGCACCAUCCGGCUGCUGGACGACACCGAGGUCUCCUGCAAUAUACAGAAAGAGACCAAAGGCCAGUUUCUCCUUGAUCAUAUCUGCAAUCACUACAGCUUGAUGGAAAAGGAUUACUUCGGAAUCCGCUUUGUUGACCCAGAUAGACAACGACAUUGGCUUGACCCAAACAAACCCAUAUCCAAACAAAUGAAAUCUCAUCCACCAUACACCAUGUGCUUUAGAGUGAAAUUCUACCCUCAUGAACCUUUGAAGAUUAAAGAAGAGCUCACCAGGUAUCUUUUGUAUUUACAAAUAAAGAGAGAUAUAUUCCAUGGACGACUGCUCUGCUCUUUUGCUGACGCUGCUUUCCUGGGUGCAUGUAUUGUGCAAGCUGAAAUCGGAGAUUAUGAUCCUGAUGAACAUCCUGACAAUUACAUCUGUGACUUCAAGAUAUUCCCCAAGCAAUCACAGAAACUGGAAAGAAAAAUAGUUGACAUUCAUAAAAGUGAACUCAGAGGUCAGAGCCCAGCUGUUGCAGAAUUUAAUUUGCUACUGAAAGCACAUUCCCUGGAAACCUACGGCGUUGACCCUCAUCCGUGCAAGGAUUCAACUGGGACCACAACAUUUCUCGGUUACACUGCCGCAGGGUUUGUCGUUUUUCAGGGUAAUAAGAGAAUACACUUAAUAAGAUGGCCAGAUAUCUGCAAAAUGAGAUUUGAUGGGAAGACGUUUCAUGUUGUUGUAUUGCAGAAAGAGAAGAAAACUGUGCUAACUUACCAUACCUCAACGCCAGCAGCCUGUAAGCACCUCUGGAAAUGUGGUGUUGAGAAUCAAGCGUUUUACAAGUAUGCAAAAUCAAGUCAAGUAAAGACUGUGACAAGCAGCAAUAUAAUUUUUAAAGGGAGUCGAUAUCGAUAUUGUGGGAAAGUUGCAAAAGAAGUUGUUGAAGCAAGUUCAAAGAUCCAGAGGGACCCUCCAGAAGUUCACAGAUCGCUAAUACCACACAGUCGCAGCUCCUACUCGUUAAAUAGGCAGCUUAUCAUAAAUAUGGAACCGCUGCAGCCACUCAUCCCAUCCCCAAGUGAGGAGGAAGAGGAGGAGGCCCUAAUAGAGGAAGGUAUACUGCUGUCACAGCAAAAUGAUGUCACUUCUCCCCCUGUGCCUGGUAACUCCCCUGCCAGAGACAUAGAGCUGAUGUCAGACCUUAGACACCAUGAGGAAGAGAGCGAGAAAGAAGAGCCUCUGACAAUAUCAGAGCAGGUGUAUAACCCCAGUGCUAGCUUGUUGCCCACACCAGUAGAUGAGGGUGUUGAGAUGCUCUUUAAUAGCCCACUGAGGCCAGAAUGUGAGAGAGACGAUGCUGAUUCUUUUGAGGAGUUUGAGGCAGAUGAACAUGCGUUUCUGAUUGCAGAGGAGGAAGAGCUGAAGGCUGCAAGGAGGGCACUAAGCAUGAGCUACAAUUUCCUGAUGGGAAACAUGCAGCUGAACGCGUUUCUCAAGAGCUUCUCUCGGCUUCUCUUGGUAACCCUGGGCUUGCUGUUUGUGCUCCUCCCACUGCUCCUCGUUCUGUUGGAGUCAGACAUUGACGUUUCUUUUCUUCAUGAAAUCCGCCAGACCCCGGAAUUUGAGCAGUUUCACAACGAGUUCUAUUGUCCUCUUCGGAAAUGGCUGGCAUGUAAAAUCAGCUCAGCACUUAAUGUCGCUAACAGUUCUUAAAUGACUGCAAUACUGACAACUGAGGGUUAUAUUCAAUACAUUUCUUACCCACAUAUCACAAAGAUGUAAUAUCCAAUGGGUCAUUGAAACUGUUACCAAAAAUAAUGAUGUACAUUGUAAAAUUUCAUGAUUUUCUUGUUUUGUUUUUUUACUGUAUAGUGGGGUAAUUAUGUAUAUAUUUAUAGCAGUUGACAUUUUGGUGUGCUUAAAGCAAAAAAAAGUGAUUUGUCCUUGAGAUUUGUGGCACGUUCUGGGAAAGUCAUUUUGAAUAUAAACCUCAGUGUAAUGUCUCCUAACUCCUUCCAUGCCAGUGAGUUCUGAAACGUAUUGCAGGAGCAUAGCGCAGUCUUCCCUGGCCAUGGAAGUGUUAACCGAUGCCUAUACAAGCAACAUUUUUUUGCUGGUUUUAUUUUCUUAACUUUUUAUGUGUUCAAAUAUUUUGGUAAAUUUGUAGUAAAGAAAUAAGUCUUCUUAACUUA